CGCGAGGACCGGGGACCUCAGGGAGGCCAGACUGUCCCACGCGCCGCCUGAGCCGGGGCUCGCCCGCCCGCUGCCGGGCAACAGAGCUCGUAGUCCCUCUACCCCCGGCCAGGGGAGGCGCGUGAGCCUGCCAGUCACCCCCGGGAAGCGAGGGCAAAAGGAAAGAGCGGCUCUGGAAUUCUAUACAGGCAGAGAUGCGGACACCUAAGAAAACAGCGCAAUCUCCACGCCUGUUGGGGCGGGGCUCUGCGAGGACCUCAUCCUGAAGUGAUCGCCUGGGAAGCCGAGGCGUUGGUUAAAGAAGGGGUAGCCGACGGCGACGGAGGUUUUGACAAGAGGAAGUGCCAGAAAGGGAAUGUAACCUACCCCAAAGUCACAGCUGGUCAAGAACCUAAGCCUGUAACUGAAGAGGCCAGAGAUCUUGGGAAAGAGACCCUAAGAUCUUUGCAAAUUAUCUUCUGGAGAAAAAAUGCCUAAAGUCAAAAGAAGCCGGAAAGCUCCCCCAGAUGGCUGGGAGUUGAUUGAGCCAACACUGGAUGAAUUAGAUCAAAAGAUGAGAGAAGCUGAAACAGAACCUCACGAGGGAAAGAGGAAAGUGGAAUCUCUGUGGCCCAUCUUCAGGAUCCACCACCAGAAAACCCGCUAUAUCUUUGACCUCUUCUAUAAGCGGAAAGCCAUAAGCAGAGAACUGUAUGAGUACUGUAUUAAAGAAGGCUACGCAGACAAAAACCUGAUCGCAAAAUGGAAAAAGCAGGGAUAUGAGAACCUCUGCUGCCUGCGGUGCAUCCAGACACGGGACACCAAUUUUGGGACGAACUGCAUUUGCCGGGUCCCCAAAAGCAAGCUGGAAGUGGGCCGGAUCAUUGAGUGCACACACUGCGGCUGCCGGGGCUGCUCUGGCUGAAGCCCUCGGACCCUGACCCUUCUCUGCGCUGGACCGCGGACUGUGCAGGUUUCUGCCUGUCACGCCACCCGUUGCCUGGGAGCAACUCCUCCUGCAGAGCACUACCCAGGCCUGAGGAGGAGCACAGUCUCUGUGUGACAGCUUUGCUGUGCAUCUGCGGUGAUUUAUAGAAAUAAAAACUUUUAAACCUUU